AUGUCGACCGUGCAACGCAACGCUUCAGCAGACUUUCGCUUCAUCGGGACAGGAAUCGAAUGGUUUGGGACGACUGACAAGAGGCAUGGAACCGCGAAUGUUUAUAUCGACGGCCGAUUUAUACGGAAUGUUGACGCUUGGAGGAACUAUGAUAAUCCGAGAACUCAGCAAAGGAUAUUCUCGAAGCUAGAUCUUCCACAGGGAGCUCAUUCCUUCAGGAUCGUCAACCUUGGUGGAGGGACUCGUGGUCGAGGAGAACUCAUGGAUCUUGACGCACUGGUGGUGACCAAAGGCCGCCGUGCCAGCGUACUCUCCAACCUCACACAGAGCCUAGAAGGACGCGACGGUCCUGCAUGGACCCUUCGCGAGCAAGGAAAUACUGGUGUCAACGCCAUGCAAUUGGCCGUCGUUUCUCCCACCCAUGUCCUGGUAGUCGACAAAGUGGAACAUAACCCGCUGGACGUCAACGGACACCCCGCGUGGGGUGCAUUGUACAAUCUCGAAACCCAUGAGGUGACCCCACUCAACAUCCAGUCCAACUCUUUCUGUGCUGGAGGAUCCUUUCUCAGCAAUGGGACGAUGAUCAAUGUCGGAGGAAACCCUGUCGUGGAGUCUUACACCUCGUCUGCUGAAUUCGGAGACUUGAACGGCCUUCAGGCCAUUCGCCUUUUUCACCCAUGCGACGAUGACUCUUCAACUUGCGACCUUUUCGAAGACCACGACAACAUUCGAAUGGCCAGCCCCCGGUGGUACAACACCGUGCUUCGCAUCAGCGACGGAAGUGCGAUGAUCAUUGGGGGCUCGAGGAAAGGCGGGUGGAUCAACAAUGCGACAGUCAGCAACCCCACCCUCGAAUAUUAUCCACCAAAGAACAUCCAUGGUUACAAUGGAAUGCCUAUACCCCUUCCCUUCUUAGAGGAUACCCUCAACUCUAAUCUAUUCCCCAUUGCGUUCUCUUUGCCGAAUGGCCGCAUCUUCGUCGCAGCGAACCAAGAUGCGAUGAUCUACGAUUGGAAGACCAACACCGAAAGUCGCUUGCCAAGGAUACCAAAUGGUGUGCGAGUGACUUAUCCCAUGGCUGGCACCGGGUUGUUACUCCCUUUGUCGCCAGAGAAUAACUACCAACCAGAGGUUCUAAUCUGCGGAGGAUCUGCGAUCGAUGACCGGAGGGCCAGCUACGACAUCAGCUCACAGGAAGCUGCUUCCGCACAAUGCUCGAGGAUCGUCCUUACAGAAGAUGGAAUCGCCCGAGGCUGGCAAACAGAGAGUAUGCCUCAACCUCGACUCAUGCCCGACGCUGUGUUACUCCCGACGGGCGACGUCUUGAUCGUGAAUGGCGCUGCUUCCGGAAUCGCUGGCUACGGAAAUGUGCGCGACCAAGUUGGGGCUUCCAACGCUGAUAAUCCCGUCCUGACCCCCGUCCUGUACUCGCCUACGAAGGAGGCUGGAGCCAGAUUCUCGUCCGAUGGUAUGCCCGCGAGCGAUAUUCCGAGACUGUACCACAGCACUGCUACCUUGACUCCCAACGGUGAGGUUAUGAUUGCAGGGAGCAACCCCAACCUUGACAGGAGCGACUUACGGUUUGGGACGGAGUAUCGAGUGGAGUGGUUGAGCCCACCCUAUAUGCAGCAGGAAAGGCCGGAAAUUGUGAAUGUCCCUGGACAGGUACGGUUCGGGGAAAGGAUAAGUCUCGAGGCUACGUUGCCGGUCGAGAACGUCAAAGUCGCGUUGAUGGACCUUGGAUACGUGACCCACUCGGUACAUGCCAAUUCGCGCCUUGUGUACUUGAACGUCGUGUCUCAAGACGGUGGGCAAGUAGAGGUGGAAGGACCUCCCAACGGUGACGUCUACCCGCCAGGACCGGGAUGGCUUUUCGUCGUCGCCGGUGGCGUCCCAAGCGAAGGGGUCAAGGUCAUGAUCGGGGACGGCAACGACCCGCCAUUUGAUCAGGGAGCCCUAGACAGAGGGUUAAAGGCGUCAGAGAUUUGUCCCCCCGCAGUCCUGACCGACGAGAACUCACGUAUCGGCAAGGACUAUUCGUGUGCGGCUUGUGUUCUCGAUGGUGAACUUGGUCUUCCCGUCCUGGCCAGCGAUUCGACCUGA